ACGAUGCCUCACGACACAAGACUUUUUUCUCCUUUGUGGCUUGUCCAGGCGUCCAGCCUCACAUCUUGUCUCGGGAUCUGAUCUGUCCUAUUUUCUUCCCAAUACGCCCACAAUCAGCCCAAAGGUGGGAGAUAUCAGAUAACAUGUCAAAAACUGCCUGGCUUGUUUGUGUGGUAGCUUUGCUAAGGGCGGUUGGAGCACAAACUAUUGCCAGAGUUUGUCCCAUACCUGAGAAUUCACCCAGAAUAGCCGUUGGUCGAUACGGCGACGAAAGAGAUGACGGGAAUGUCAUUGUUGAUGCUUCUGAGAUCAUACAAAUCAACUUCACGACGACACAAACAAUUUCUUCCUCCUCUGGUGGGGUCCGGCGGCAACUGCCAUCCUCGAAGAAUCCAAUGCCAGCAAUCUUCAUCCCCGGUCAAAAGCAAAGACGUGUUUCCGACGAAGAAGAAUCCUACCCCAACACCACUGCUGAUGGCGGAGGGAGCAGCAGCAGCAGUAGCAUCCAAGGAAGCAGCAAUACCGUCUUGAUUCACCAGUGCCCUUGUGCCCUUGGCCAUUUUUGUCCGGUUGAGUUGGACACCUGCGGGGUCGCUGCAAGCAACCACGAGCUGAUUGGUUGUUUUGCCAACUCUAAUGAAACAACAUUCUUGAGGAAUGGCUGGCCUUUCUUUCUGGUGUUUCAGUGCACUAUUGUCUUUGCUUUCCUUUUCACUGAAAAAGGGACUCGUGCUCGCCACUACAUACUCCUGAUAUCCUGCCAACCAAACAUCAAUGAACGCCUCGUGGACCGAUUCUUGGAAAUCAUCCGUGCAAACCCAGACACUGACAACAUCCAGCAGCAACAAGGAGUAGAACCGCAGCAAGUGCCUACAGAGCUUGUUCUGAGAACAACAACCUUUGAAUCCAAGUCAGAUCUCGAUGAGGAUGCAUGUUGUACCAUUUGCCUUGCAGCAUUGGCAGAAGGUGAUAGAGUGGGCAACCUAUCCUGCAACCACAAAUUCCAUGUAGAUUGCUUACGGCAAUGGUUGCUUCUUCGAAAUGUAUGUCCUCUUUGCCAAACUGCUAAUGCUGCCACCCCUCGUUAUGCGCAAACUGAAGAGGGCAAUGAAACCGCAUCCACCACCAACUCUGACAGCAGCCAUGCUGAAAACAGGCAUAACCAAUAGAACCAGUAACUUGAACCAACAAAAGUGGAGGUACCGUUAGCGAGACAUACGGCUUCCAGUAGCACUCACCCGUCCCAUUUACGUACUAGUAAAGACCAAGUCAGUGCCGUAGUAGCGUUGCUGUUGUUCUAUUCAUCAUGAAAGUGCGCUCGAGAACACGAAAACAAGAUGACCACACGAGCUUUCAUCCUCGCACAGAAGCUGUGUCAAGUUUCCUGUACUCUAUCUUUUGGCGAAUGAUGCUUGUCUCAAGGCUACAAUACUACGCCGA